CCGCCGCCCGCGCUCGCCAUCUCGUGUCGACCCCAGGUUUUGCCCCAGCCUGGUCGAGGCCUGCUCGCUCGUCGACAUGUACCUUGAGCCGAUGCUCUCCAAAGACCGUUUUCAUAAACCUCUUGGGUAGCAGUAGAUGUGCAGGCGUGCUGACCAUGGCCACGGCUGCUAUCGGCACGAAGCGCUCGUAUGCUUCAAUGAACGGACGCGCGAUCGACUCUUUGCGCCCCCAGAAGCAGCUGCACGCGCCGUCGAGUUCUCCAUCCAGGACUUCUUCACCAAGUCAACCCGGAGGCCAACCCAGCCAACCCACGUCCGCCAAUGGCAUUUAUUCGCCGUCUGCGGGAAAUCGCAGUCGUCUCUUACCACGAGUAUUUGACCCAGAUGCGUCUCUCAUCAUUGUCGGCGCAAGGGGGACGGGCAAGUCCAGCUUAGGCGUCAUCGCAGCAUCAACGCUGCAGAGGAGACUGGUCGAAACCGACUUCAUCUUUCGGCACAUGACCGGCCAAUCGACCACGGCAUACCGCAAAGCGUUUGGUAGCGCCCAGUAUCAGCAAAAGGCUUUGGAAGUAUUGGAAUCUAUCCUUGAAAACCACUCCACUCAUUGCGUGAUUGUAUGUGGCCUGCUCUCACUCAGCAAAGAAGCGCAGGUGACGCUUGCUCGAUACGCGACAACACACCCAAUCGUGCACGUGGUUCGAGACAUUGAAUCCAUACAGGCUUACCUGGGGCUCGACCAGUCAAGAGUCUUGGAUAUGGUCCAUUCUGCCGAGAAGCUGUUUAGAACGUGCUCAAAUCUUGAAUUUUUCAACAUCUCGAAUGACCACGGGGAUUUGCUGCAGGAUCCAGAUGCCCUUGCUGAUUCUACUGGUAUGCCGCGUCAUUCGACACCGCAUCUAACAUUAAAGAAAGCUGAGCGCUGUUUCCUGAAGUUCCUGGCUCUCGCUACCAGCAUUCAGAAUAGCCCUGCGAUUGGUAAGGUCUUCCCAUUGUCACAGGUUGCAGUCGAAUCAAGACAUUAUACGUACGCCAUGAGAUUAUCAACACGCCAGCUGGAAAAUUCGAAGAUUGAUGCUGAGAAAUUGGAGGAGGGCGUUGACGCGUUUGAGGUCAAAGUUGACGGAGACGUUGCUUCUAUCACUGCUGUGAGCAAGGCCAUAGCGGAGCUUCGGAAACGCACAAUCGUGCCGAUCAUCUACCAUGUACCGUGGAAUCAUUUAAGCGGAGAGGAUAUUUUGCAGCGGUCUCGAUACAUCGAUCUUGUCGGUCAUGGGCUACGACUUGCAUCUGAAUAUGUCACCCUCAACCUCAUCUUGGCCGAUGAAGAUCUGACGGCUUUACUAGCUUCCAAGGGCAAAGCCAAAAUGAUUGCGCAUUUUUAUUCCGACGAUCCGGCCACACAGGAUUGGUCACAUCCGACGUGGAUAGACGCUUAUCGAAGAGCGCAGCGACUUGGUUUUGAUAUCGUUCGACUCUGUUGGCCAGCACAACGCAUGGAAGACAACUUCCAGAUUCAAGCAUUCCGCUCCCGCAUAGCUGAUUUGCCUGGACCACAUCUUCCUCUCAUCGCAUACAACACAGGACCUCUGGGACGAACUUCGGCCUGCUUUAACCCUAUACUCCAGCCAGUUACACACAAGGAAUUUAUUGAUGUUUCCGGAGAGCCUCAUAGACCAGAGAUAUCCGCUAUCGACGCUACCAAAGCUCUGUUCUCAUCAUUUGUAUUUGAGCCUUUGAAUUUUUACAUCCUCGGCGCAUCAUCUUCGUAUUCCCUAUCCCCUGCAAUGCAUAAUGCCGCUUACACGGUUUGUGGCAUGUCCCACAAAUACAAAACCUUUCAAACGUCAGAUCUCAACGAACUGCGAACUUUGAUCAAUGAUCCACAAUUCGGAGGGUGCUCCAUCAGCCUUCCCUUCAAGCUGGAGGUUAUGAAUCUUAUGCACAAUAUCAGCAGCCACGCAAAGGCCAUUGGCGCCAUCAACACUGUAAUAGCUUUACGUGAAUCAGAAACGGGUUCCAUAUCUCCAGAAAAUGUUGAAUUCUUCAAGGCCCGAAACCGAGCUGGACCCGUGAAGUCUCUCUACGGAGAGAACACAGAUUGGAUUGGCAUCCGAGCUUGCGUACGGCGUGGACUGUCUCCAGCGAAUGCUGUCUCGCCUAAAACCACCAUGCUUGUUAUAGGCGCCGGCGGGAUGGCGAGGGCGGCUAUUUAUGCGGUCCUGCAACUCGGCGUUCGGAAUAUUGUGGUAUAUAACCGUACGAAGGUUAAUGCCGAGAAGCUAGUUGCACACUAUCAAGGGCUAUUUGAGGACAAAAUGAAAGGUCGUCCAAGUCCUCUAGGAAUAUCGAUGCGUAACGAUACGCAAUUACAAUUCCAUUGUCUGUCUUCGACUGACGAGCAAUGGCCUGAAGGAUUUUCACAGCCGACGAUUGUUGUCUCUUGUAUCCCAACACAUCGCAUAGGAGAUGUUCCCUCUCCUGAAUUCGUUCUUCCCGAGCAUUGGCUUCAAAGCCCCACUGGAGGUGUGGUUAUGGAGGUUGCUUACCGCAACAUCCGCACCCCAUUAUUAGAGCAGAUCCGAAGCAAAGCUGCGCAAGGCUGGGUAACCAUGGAUGGACUCGAUCUGCUUCCUGAGCAAGCAUUUGCUCAAUUCGAGCUAUUUACUGGACGGCGUGCUCCGCGCAGAUUGAUGAGAGCUGAGGUACUAAAAGGUUAUCGCGAUGAGCAUGGACGGCCGGAUCCCGAGCUUAUCGAGAGAAGACUGGCGCAGAUCAACGAUCAAGACCCGUGACCGGGGAUUUGUUGACUUACAAGAGCGCGACUCUGCGCUUUUUUCUUGCUACCCACUACGAACAUAUCAAAAUGACAUAUAUCAAGUUCAUUUUCGCGCCUUCACAUCACUGUUCGUAAUUUUCGAGCUCCCAAUGCGAAUCUGGUAUUGUCCCGCAUAUGUAGAGAAAAUCUCACCCUUGUCGGAUGUUGCUGGCUGACUUGCUGCACUUGACAUCAGAAUGUACGGGAAACGGUUUGGGAACGAGAAAAUCUGGUCCUGGGGAGUUUAAAUCUAACCAUAAUGCUUAAUUGACGCUACGUGCUUUGAAAUUUCGACGUUUUUCUAUGGGUAUAU